UGGAACGCGGUGACUAGAACGCGCCAGCUCGGCGAGGCGAACUCUCCCUGCAGACCCCGCGCCUGCCCGCCUGUUCACACCAAUACUAGUACCACGCAGCCUGUCAAUAGCGGCCGCGAGCGGCACCACCAGUCCAGUUCCUGUCCACCCCCCGUAGACCGCAGCUAGCCCACACAGCUCGAUCCGAUCCCCUCGGUCACCAGCGGCAUGUCUUCGGCUCCGCUGCUGGGCUCCCGCGCGGCCGACGGCCACCAGCAGGAGCGGCGGCGCUCGUCGUGGCUCGGUCGCGUGGUGGACGCGGAGGAGGCGUGUGCGCAGCUGCGGUUCUCGGCGCCAAUGAUCCUCAUGAACAUGUUCUACUACGGCAUCCCACUGGUGUCCGUGAUGUUCUCCGGCCACCUCGGCGACGUCCAGCUCGCCGGCGCCACGCUCGGCAACUCCUGGGUCACCGUCACUGGCUUAGCCUUCGUUAUCGGCCUGAGCGGCGGGCUGGAGACGCUGUGCGGGCAGGCCUACGGCGCCGGGCUGUACGGCAAGCUGGGCCUGUACCUGCAGUCGUCGCUCAUCAUGUCGACGGUGGCGUCGUCGCUCGUCUCCGUGCUGUGGGUGUUCACGGAGCCGCUGCUGCUGCUCCUCCGGCAGGAGCCCCGUGUGUCACGCGCGGCGGCGGCGUUCGUCCGGCCCCAGAUCCCCGGCCUCUUCGCGUUCGCCUUCCUCCAGUGCCUGCUGCGCUACCUGCAGAUGCAGUCCGUCGUGCUGCCGCUCGUCGCCUUCUCCGCCGCGUCGUUCGCGUUCCACGUCGCGCUGACGCACCUGCUCGUGAACGUGCUCGGCUUGGGGCUCGCCGGCGCGUCCGCCGCCGUCUCGGUCACCUUGUGGGUCGCCUGCCUGAUGCUGCUCGCGUACGUGCUGCGGUCGGAGGAGUUCAGCGAGACGUGGAAGGGGUUCUCCGCCGAGGCAUUCAGAUACGUGCUGCCCACCGCGAAGCUCGCCGCGCCGUCCGCCGUCAUGGUCUGUUUUGAGUAUUGGGCGUUUGAGCUCCUGGUCCUGGUCGCCGGAUUGCUCCCCAACUCCACAGUGAGCACAUCGCUGGUGGCCAUAUGCACUAGCACGGAGUCCAUCGCCUACAUGAUCACGUACGGGUUCGGUGCCGCUGCGAGCACCCGGGUGUCGAAUGAGAUCGGAGCGGGGAACGUGGACAAGGCCAAGAACGCCGUGUCGGUGACGAUGAAGCUGUCGGUGCUCCUCGGCAUCUCCUUCGUCGUGCUGCUGGCGUUCGGCCACGGCCUCUGGGCGAGCCUCUUUAGCGGGAGCGCGGUGAUCGUGUCGGAGUUCGCCACCAUCGCGCCGCUCGUGAUCAUCUCCAUCGUGCUCGACUCCGCGCAGGGCGUCCUGUCAGGUGUGGCGAGAGGGUGCGGGUGGCAGCAUCUCGCGGCGCUCACCAACCUGGUGGCUUUCUACUUCAUCGGCAUGCCGCUGGCGAUCUUCUUCGCCUUCAAGCUCAAGCUCAACACCAUGGGUCUGUGGGCUGGCCUGAUCUGCGGGCUGGUAUGCCAAGCCUGCUCACUGGUGGUGAUCACCGUCCGCACCAAGUGGUCGAAGAUCGCGGAGGCGAUCCAGGAGGAGAAGGCCAGCUACGGGAUCGCAUAGUACGGGGAGUUUGUAAUUGCUGCUCGAGAAGAGACUAUGGCUGAGAUGCCGUUCCCCGUCUUCGCAUCACGGAAGAGAAUCAGAGAAUAGCAUGCCCGAGGUAGACAGUAAAACGACGCGUGAGCUUUUUGUUAUGUCCAGCUCGGCCUUCUAUUGAACACCGUUGGCCGACAAUUUUGUUUCCACUAGCAUGCUAACAGCCUUGAAGACUGAAACUUGUGCAAACGCCACUAAAUAAUGAUCGGAUAAACGCACGGUAAAUUUGAAGAACAAGGGUUAACGUUGGGGAAAUCUCGUUUCUCGUCGUCACCCGCUCGCUAGGAAACCAGCACGUGACGCAUUGUCCAGACCAUAGGACCCAAAGGUGAAAAUGCCCCGUCCUUUUCCUUUUUUUUUUCUUUGUUUCCUUUUCCUUUUCCUUUUUCCUAUUCUAUUUUUUGUAUUUUUCCUUCCAUCAUGUAUUUAUUUUUAUUUAUUGCCACAGUACUUGUCUCCAUCAUGCUUACUAGAAAUAGAUCCUAUUACCUU